CCCCUCCUCCCAUCGUGCUUGCCCGCCCCUGAGUCUGGAGCAGCAGCAGCAGCAGCAGCAGUGGAGCUUCACUGCCUCUCCUCGCCUCACAGUGCGGGAAUAUACCAGCGGAGAGCAGAAUGGAUACGGAAGGGAGCCAGAGCAGCCUGUCCUCCGGCACGGACAACUCCCCCCACGACCCCUGCAAAAUGUUCAUCGGGGGUCUGAGUUGGCAGACAACACAAGAGGGCUUGAAGGAGUACUUCUGCAAAUUCGGCGAGGUGAAGGAGUGCAUGGUGAUGCGGGAUCCCGUUACCAAGCGGUCGAGAGGGUUCGGCUUUGUAACAUACACAGAACAAGCCGGUGUGGAAAAGGUUUUGGCGCAAAACAGACACGAGCUGGAUUCUAAAACGAUCGACCCAAAGGUGGCGUUUCCCCGCCGGGCUCAGCCUAAGCUGGUGACCAGGACAAAGAAGAUCUUUGUCGGAGGACUGUCAGUCAAUACCACCAUCGAAGAUGUGAAGCAAUAUUUUGACCAGUUUGGAAAGGUCGAUGAUGCCAUGCUCAUGUUUGACAAAACAACCAACAGACAUAGAGGUUUUGGUUUUGUUACCUUUGAGAAUGAAGAUGUGGUUGAGAAAGUGUGUGAGAUCCACUUCCAUGAGAUCAACAACAAAAUGGUGGAGUGCAAGAAAGCCCAGCCCAAGGAGGUGAUGACGCCGACAGGCUCAGCCAGAGGCCGUUCCAGGGUGAUGCCCUACGGGAUGGACGCUUUUAUGCUGGGCAUUGGCAUGUUAGGCUACCCGGGUUUUCAGACUGCUACCUACACCAGCCGCAGUUACUCUGGUAUCGCGCCCGGAUACACCUACCAGUUCCCAGAAUUCCAUUUAGAGAGGACCCCCCUCCUGACAUCAUCCCACCCUCCUGAGCUGGCAGCCAUUCCCCUGACUGCAUACGGACCAAUGGCAGCAGCUGCAGCAGCCGCCGCGGUAGUUAGAGGCUCCACCCCUUCACGCACAGCUGGCUUCCUGGGCACCAGCAGCCCUGGACCAAUGGCUGACCUGUACGCUGCAGCCAAUCAGGACUCAGGAGUCAGCAGCUACAUCAGUGCAGCUAGCCCCGCCCCCAGCACAGGGUUCAGCCACGGUAUAGGGGGUCCUCUGAUUGCUACUGCCUUCACUAAUGGCUACCACUGAGAAGUCUCAGGUCACCGAGGGAUGGGAGGGCGUCUCCUCUGCUGAUGAGCCAAUCACAAUGCUGACUGCCCACUGAUGGCACAACCUGAUUGGCCGGCCACCGGCUCUUUACCGGGCUCUCCUGGCUCCAUAUGGCUCCGCCCACCGACUGAAUAUCUUUUUAAAUCCAGAACUCUUGUUUCUGCUGUACUAAUCUCACUUCAACAUAACUUCCCUGUUUUCUCCUCUUUUGUCCUCAUCAUGUAGUCUAAUAACUAGAGCCCACCCCCUCUUCCCCCUCAGUUAUCCAUUUUUUUCCUUUUGAAGCUGAGAAAAAGAAACUGCAAAAAAAAAAAAAAAAAAAAAAUCUCCGAGGAAACAUUUGUCAUCGUUGACAAAGACACAGACAACUAUUUUGAGUUUUUAUUAUCGUCAUUUUAAACUUCACUUCCAUCGUGAAUCCUUCCCAGCUGUCGUGCUGAUGUUAACAGAAGCAGAAAGAAGGAAAAAAAAAAGAAAGCCGUGCGAGAUGAGAUGGGUCUCAAAGCCGUUUUUAACAAAGGAAGAACAAAUCCAACACAGUCCUUUUUUUAACUCGAGUCUCACGGAAACAUGGAGGAAAAAAAAAACAACCAACAACAACAACAACAAAAAAAGUUAAAUGUAUAUUUUGGUAGUCUUUAAAAACAAACAAAAAAAACCCUUUGUAAUAUUGUUAUUAAUAUUGACAUAAUAAUCUGUAAGGUAUUUUAUUCUGUAAUUGGUUUUAAAGCAAUGUUUUUAUGUCUUCCUGUAAAAUAUUGUACAUAGACAUUGGGUGAGGUAGGGUGGGUGUGGGAUGGGUGUGGGAGGGAGGGGUCACUGAACCGGCUGGCAUGUCAUUGGUUGGUUUGGAAAAGGGUUAACAGCAAUUUGACUGGAUGUCAUUUACUACUCUCUGCGGUCAUCUCACUACUUUUAUGGGUAUGCAUACGCCAUUAUGUGUACACUGUGGGGCAGUCCACUCUAGCGUCACUUCAGCGCAACGCUAUCCAGGAUAGCUGUUGGCGAAUAAACUUCCAGGAGCUUGUCUGACAUAUUUUUUUCAGUUGACACUUUGUUUUGUUUGUUACCAGGUCAUAUUUUUGUUUGUUUGCUUUACGUCUUUGUCUCUUGCGUCUUUGCGGAAAACAGUUUAUGAAACCACGAUGGGACUUUGGAUGAUUAACAACUUUAAAACAGGAGAAAUAAGGGGUUUCAGGCGAUUCGGGACUUGACUUCACUUCCUGAUUUUUGAAAAUAUUAUAUAUAUAUAUUUUUUUUGCGCGUUUCUCUUCUUAAUGUUUUUGUUUAUUUUAUUUCUUUUAAGAAAAUUCUUUUAUGCGGUGUUCUCCACCGUGACAAACAAAUGAAGGACAUUCUCAGAGAAGCAGUUGUAGAAAAAUCACGAUCAUGUUCUUUCCUCUUAUCACUAUUGAAGGUGCAUGUGAUUGCGUCUGCGUGUGUGCGUGCGUGCGUGCGAAUGAGUGUUUGUGCGCAUACAUCAAGGUGUAAUAUGGAACUACUUUCGUCAGCGAAGGAGCGUUUUGAUUGCCUUUUUUUCCUUUGGUACUGAAAAAAAAAACGUUUGCCCUGCUCCAUUUGGGUUCAUCUGCUCUUCUCCCCCCUGACUCUCUCCCAUUCCACACUUCGUUUUAAUAAAUUUGUGCACCUCUGGAACAAACAGAUAACUGUUUAUAUAUAGUUGCUGCUCAGUGUGGUGGUGAACACACAGGGUUUUGGGCAGGGAUCCAGAAAUGGAACAGGGUCUCGCUCCCAGUCGGCUCUGAUACGGGGGCCUCAGUACAAGACGGCGCUGGCUGGCAGGAAAAGUCAAAAAGCUGGAACAAAUUCAACCUUUGCAAAAACAAGUAGCCUGUUUGUUCAGCCUUCUUGCUGCAGCCUGUUUGAUGUUCAGCACAGCAGAAAACUUCCUGAUCCAGCCAGUAGUUCCUCUGUCAGACGGGCUGGGACAUGAUAAAAGAAAAAAAAAAACUACUGCUGGACACCAACACUGUAACUUUUUAACUUACAAUAAAGCAAUAAGUUAUUUUUUACCUUACAAAUGAAAAUAGUACUAUUAUUGGUAAUAGCAGACGACAAGUGGAUAAUUCUGCGGCAUUAAGACUUAUUUUCAGAAAAAAAAGAAACUAUAUUUUUCUGUUUUGAGAUCUUGUUCCCCUUGUAUAUUGAUUUUAAUGAUGUCUUUUGUUGUGCUGUUGUAAGGAAAAGGGCCAAUGCUUUGAAUGGAGUUUGUAGCUCUACAUGAGCUCGGUUAAAGUUUAAGAUUUGGGCUGUCCCCCGCCAAGCUUUACAGCAAUGCUUUUCUUUUUUUUUUUCUUUUUUUUCUUUGUUUUUUUUUUUCCUGACAGUUUCAAUUUGAAAAUCCUAAUAAAUUAUUCUAAAGUGUU